UACCCCGGGAAGCGCAUGCGAUCGUUUCGUCUCACUGAUUUUAGCAUUCAAAUCGACUGCAGAUUUUGGAGUUCAAUCUCUGAUUUAUAGAAGCAGAAACAAGAAAUGGGAGGUAAAUGCUUAGAGAACUGUGGCGGAGGCUUCUUGUACGACUUUGGCCAUCCUCUUCUCAAUCGCGUUGCUGAUAGCUUCGUCAAGGCCGCUGGGAUAGGAGCAUUGCAAUCUGCAUCUCGAGAGGCGUAUAUUACGGUUGCGGGAAGUCUUGAUUCGAAUAGUGGAGCACCAUCUGGAUUAUCCAAUGGUAGAAACAAAAGGUUUACAGGUUUUACAGGUGGAACCAACAAAGAGUCUCUUGAAGCCAUGGUGAAGAAUGUGGGAAAGGAAUCUAUGCAAUGGGGAUUAGCUGCUGGUGUUUAUUCUGGUCUCACAUACGGUUUAAAGGAGGCUCGUGGAGCACAUGACUGGAAGAACAGUGCAGUUGCAGGUGCCAUGACGGGCGUAGCUGUGGCGCUUACAUCGGACAAGCCUUCUCACGAGCAUAUCGUACAAUAUGCCAUCACUGGUGCUGCUGUAUCGACCGCUUCAAAUAUUUUUGCUAGCAUAUUUUAGGUAUGAGUGUGGUACCGGAGCCAUUUGACAAAUUGUGGGAUGUUCAUCCUUCAUGUUCAUUCCGUCUUUUAUUAUUAAGAUGAUUAUGAUGUUCAUCUUUUGGACUUUUGGUUUAAUGUUUAGUUCUUUUUAUCCGCUCCUCGUUGGGAUAGAAAAUGGUAACCAAUAAAUCUGGAAAUUUGUAUGAUUUUAAC